AUGUCCGCGGCUCGUAUGCUCGCCGCCCGGCGCCUACUUCGUGUGCCUGGGCCAGCGCUGACCAGGGCCGUGCCAACAGGUGUCUUUAGCCUUCCGCGGGCUACUGCACCGGCAGUUUUGUCGCGCCACUUCUCGCAUCCCGACUUCGCGCCGCAGAGCAACAUCUCGGGGGCGGAGGACAACAAAGUCCAGGACAUGCUGAAGCAGCUCGUGUCCGAGAACAAGGUGGUGCUCUUCAUGAAGGGCAAUCCAGAUGUUCCCCAGUGCGGCUUCUCCCGUGCAGUUGCGCAAGCGCUGGCAGACGAAGGUUUCUCAGACUACGCCUACGUGGACGUGCUGAAGUAUCCGGAGGUGCGCGAGGGCGUCAAGAAGUUCUCAGACUGGCCCACGAUUCCUCAGCUGUAUGUUGACGCCGAGUUCAUCGGUGGCUGCGACAUUGUCAUGCAGAUGCACAAGGAAGGGGAGCUGGCGAAGAUUCUGCCUAAGCCGAGUGCUGCAGAGGGCUCCUGA